AUGAAGCCUUUGGAAAAAUUUCUGAAGAAGCAGGGCUCUCACUUGGCCACCCGGGCUGUUCCUGGUUCCGGAGGGCAGUUAUCUCGCAGGCAAAGCGUAUCCAAAAUCCUGCCUGGAUUUCUUAAGGAGCCACCUGAAGAUCUGACGGAAGGAGGCACGGAAACCACGGGCGAUGGCCGCUGGCUGGAGCUGCGGGCCCCCGAUUCCUCUCUACGCUCCCCAACAUCCUUCUCGUCGGAGGAGCUCUCCCCAGGAGGUGGCGGAGGAGGCGAAACCCAGCUCAGUCCCGAGUCGGUGCCUACUUGCUGCUGGGUCCCGUUGGCAGAACCGGAAAGCCCUGAUCGUUUAGUGGGGAGGGUGCUGGAGAGGCUGGGAGGGGACCCUACAGCCCCCCAUGGACAUGGCUGUGGAGCCGAUAUCCUCCUAGAUGAUAUUGUUCUUAUCCACUCAUUGUUUUUGCCCACAGAGCAGUUCUUACAUCAGCUAUACCAACAAUAUCCUUCCUGCAGACUUUUGGAGACACCAAGCUGGAAAGAAGAUGAGGCUGUGCACCGGAAAAGAGCAGUUUUGAUCAUUUUACUGCACUUUCUUGAAACGUUCAAGGGAAUUCUGCAAGAAGAAGAGAAGGCUGGCAAAGUCAUCAAGGAUCUGUAUUUGCUGAUCAUGAAGGAUGCAUCCCUCUACCACAAACUGGAAGAUGAAAUCCUAAAGUUACAUGAGCUUGUGGACACAGUGGAACUCAAAAUGACUGAAGAAACUGAACCACCCAGCAAGCAAGUCAAGCCUUUGUUCAGACAUUUUCGCCGCAUUGAUUCAUGUCUUCAAACUCGGGUUGCUUUCCGUGGAUCGGAUGAAAUCUUCUGCAGAGUCUAUAUGCCAGACCAUUCCUAUGUUACCAUCCGCAGCCGCCUCUCAGCCUCUGUGCAGGACAUCCUCACGUCAGUGACUGAGAAACUUCAAUAUUCUGAUGAACAGCCUACAAGGGAGGAAGCUCUCAUUCUGGUAGCUGUUGCAUCAUCAGGAGAGAAAUCUGUGCUACAGCCUAAUGAAGAGUGUGUUUUCACUACCUUGGGGAUAAACAGCCAUCUUUUUGCCUGCACAAAGGAUACUUUUCCAUCCCUGGUUCCUCUGCCAGAGGAAAUCCAAGUGUCACCAGGUGACACAGAAAUCCAUCGGAUGGAAGCUGAGGAUGUAGCAAAUCACCUGACAGCCUUCCACUGGGAACUGUUCUGGUGUGUCCAUGAGCUAGAAUUUGUGGAUUAUGUGUUCCAUGGUGAACGUGGCCGACGGGAGACUGCCAAUCUGGAAUUGCUGCUACAACGCUGCAGUGAGGUUCAGCACUGGGUGGCCACUGAAGUAUUACUCUGUGAAUCUUUAGGAAAGCGGGCCCACUUGCUCAAGAAAUUCAUAAAGAUUGCUGCUGUAUGUAAACAGCAUCAGGAUAUGUUAACAUUCUAUGCUGUGGUUAUAGGACUGAACAAUGCACCUGUCAGUCGUUUGCGCCUCACUUGGGAGAAGCUUCCAGGCAAAUUUAAGAACUUGUUUCGUAAAUUUGAAAACCUCACGGAUCCCUGUAGGAAUCAUAAAAGCUACAGAGAAGUCCUGUCUAGGAUGAAACCUCCCAUUAUCCCCUUUGUGCCCCUCAUCCUAAAAGACUUGACAUUUUUGCAUGAAGCUAGCAAAACCUUAGUGGAUGGAUUAGUCAAUGUAGAGAAACUGCAUUCAGUUGCAGAAAAAGUACGCAGUAUCAGGAAAUGCCGAAGUCAACCUCUCUGUUUGGAAAUGGAGUCAUCGCCUCAGCAGCUACAGACAAAGGCUUAUGUCCGUCAAUUCCAAGUUAUUGACAAUCAGAAUUUGCUCUUUGAACUCUCUCACAAGCUGGAGUCAAACAGCCAGUGAAAACCCUGCCCAUAGGCAGGCAUUGCUAUAAAAGAAUGUUUACUCUGUAUGAUACUUGAGCACUUUUUGGAUGUACAGGGGAUCCACCUAGGCUUUGCCUUAGUUGCAGUGGCAAAUAUGGAGUCACAAGAUGGCAAGGAUGAAGAGUCUUUGUCAUGGCUGACCCAAGACAUGUUGGUGGAAAAUAGAAAUGGCACCUUGUAAACUUACCGAUUAGAGUGAGACACAAUUUGCUGGGAAGCUCUCCUGCUAGAUUUAUCCAUCCAGUUUGAUAUCAGAGCUGAAAAACCCAAAUAGCACCUUUUUAGUUGUUUCAUAAUAUAGUGGAACAAUUUAAUUGUGUCUUAACUCUUAAUCAAACCUCAUGUCAGUGAAUAAUAAUUCAUAUGCAGGAUUUUUUCCCAAAAAAA